AUGUUUUUGAGCUUUGUUCGAUAUACUCCUCCUAAAACGCCAAGAAAUGUAUUUUUUCCAUGGCAUACAUUUUGUAUACAUAAGUCAGGUAGCUUUUUAGAAAAGAACAGAUUAGCUUUAAGAGUUCCUAUAAAUUUGACAAAAUUUGAAAUACGAGAAUAUUUAAGAAAAAUAUAUAAUGCAAAAGUAAUUAAGGUAAAUACAUUAAUUAAGAUACCUGAACGACGACGUAAUUUAACAGAUCAUAGAUUUAAUUAUUAUAGGAAUGGACCAAGAUAUAAGAAAGCUAUUAUUACAUUAGAACAUGAAGUACCGGAUAGUGUUAAAAUGAUACAGUCAUGUAAAAAUAUAGGUAGAAAUCCAUAUAUAACAAAAAAAAAUAUUACAUAUGGGGUUAGAAGUGAUGUUAAAAUUAGACCAACACGAUCUCAACUUUGGCAUAUGGGAGAAUGCAGAUAUUCAUGGAGAUUACCUUUAACAAAUUUAUUAUCUGACUAUAAUAUGAAUUUAAAUCCAGAUUUAAGAAUUGAUGAUGAUUUUGUUCAAUUAACACCUGACCCUACGAAACCUUUUAUGCAUUCAGGAAUUUCAUCUGAAACGACUAAACCAAAUAACGUUCCCAAGCAAACAUUUCCUCAUAUCGAUUUAACCCCUUGGAGAAGACAAGUAAAAAAAAUUUACGACUCAGGUACUUUGGCCCCUCCAGAAUCUUUUCCAGUUACUUAUAACGGAAAAGAAACAAUUGAAUAUUCAAGUGAAAAUAAAAAUGUCAAAAAAUCGUCAAGCAGUAAAUGGAAACCACCUUCAUAA